AUGUCUGGAGCAACAGGUUCAAAAGAAAUCGCGCCGUCGAUUGACGUGAAAAAUCUCAGCUAUGCCUUUCCCGACGGCUCGAGUGGGCUCAAGGACGUCUUUCUCGACCUGCCGCCGGGCAGCAGAACAUUGCUGAUCGGAGCCAACGGUGCGGGUAAAACCACAUUGUUGCGUCUCCUCUCGGGCAAGCGCAUGGCCCCCGCCAAUACCGUCCACAUCUCCGGUAUCGACCCUUUCAAGAUGGGCUUGGAGGGCGUGACAUAUCUUGGUCUCGAAUGGGUGCUGAACCCCAUUGUCCGCACCGACAUUGAUGUUCCCACGCUCCUUUCUUCUGUCGGCGGCGACCACUACGCCGAGCGCCGUGACGAGCUCGUGCGCAUCCUCGACAUUGACUUGAGCUGGCGCAUGCAUGCCGUCUCGGACGGAGAGAGACGGCGUGUGCAGCUCGCCAUGGGUCUUUUGAGGCCGUGGACCAUCCUGCUGCUCGAUGAGAUUACGGUAGAUUUGGAUCUGCUGUCGCGCAGCAACUUUCUCAACUUCUUGAAGAAGGAAACUGAGACAAGGCCUUGUACGAUUGUUUAUGCGACGCAUAUCCUGGAUAACCUUGCUACAUGGCCAACGCAUCUGGUACAUAUGAGUCUGGGCAAGGUGAAGAAGUGGGGCAGCACAGAGGAAAUGAAUGUCAAGGUUGAAGCGGCUGGAGGUCAGCAGUACACGGGGAAUAGUCAGUUGGGCGAACUCGUGCUCAGGUGGCUCAAGGAAGAUUUGGAUGAAAGGGGACCGAGAAAUGGAAAGGGAGAGGGUCUGAGUUAUCAGAAUUUAGAAGGCAAGGGCGGGUAUGGUGCGGAGAAGAGGGCGGAGGAUUAA